AUGUCCGAACCCGACGUCGAAACACCACUCCUUUACAACACCAACCCCGGACCCCGCGAACACCAAGAAGUCCAUCGGUCCAGCCCAUCCUCCUCCUCAACCUCCUCUAGUACCAAAAAGCCCCUCCACCACCGCUCCUCCAACUCUUCCUCCUCCUCCGAAACCGCCGCGCCCCUCCUUGCCCCACGCACCGUUGAAGACGAUACCCUCCCCGAAACCGCCGUGCUCGGCCGCAACCUCGGCUGGAGCAGCGCCUACAUCCUCAUCAUCUCCCGCGUCAUCGGUAGCGGCAUCUUUGCCACACCAGGGGCCAUCGUCAGUUCCGUCGGUAGUAUCGGGCUGAGCCUGCUGCUAUGGGUUGCCGGCGCGGUGAUCAGCUGGGCUGGGUUGAUGGUCGCGCUGGAGUACGGCUGCAUGUUGCCGCGCAGCGGCGGGCAGAAGGUGUACUUGGAGUUUACGUACCGGUGGCCGCGGUUUUUUGCGUCGACGCUGGUGGCCGUGCAUGCGGUGGUGAUGGGGUUUACGGCGAGUAAUUGUAUUGUGUUUGGGGAGUAUGUGUUGUUUGCGCUGGGUUGGUCUCCCGGGGAGAACCCGGUGUUGGUGCGGGUGUUGGCGGUGGCGUUGAUGACGGGGAUCACGGUGCUGCAUGCGGGGUUUAUGAAGACGGGGAUUUUGGUGCAGAAUGUGUUGGGGUGGGUCAAGAUUGGGUUGGUGGUGUUUACGACGGUGUCAGCCGGGGUGGUUGUGGUGUCGAGGUAUGUUCGGUCUGGGGGCUCGGGGGAUGAGACCGGGACGGGGUUGUUCGGGUUGGACACCGCGUCUGCUACCGGCCCGACUGUUGUUGUUCCUGGAGCGUGGGAUGGGAUCUGGGAGGGUUCCGUUUGGAACUGGGGCGUCAUCAGCCCAGCGCUGUUCAAAGUGUUCUACAGCUAUUCCGGACUGACAAGCGUCAACAACGUGAUGAACGAGGUUCGGGAUCCUGUGAGGACACUUCGGUCGGCUGCGCCUACGGCUUUGGUGACGACGUGUUUGCUCUAUCUUCUCGUCAACGUGGCAUACUUCUUAGUACUGCCACUGGAUGAGAUCAAGAAGAGCGGUGAGCUGGUGGCCGCCUUGUUUUUUGAGCGGGUAUUUGGGCAGUCGUUCGGGAAGUUAUUUCUCCCUUUGGCCGUGGCGGUAUCGGCGGCUGGGAGCGUGAUGGUUGUGACCUUUGCUUUGGCACGCGUUAACCAAGAGAUCGCGCGCCAGGGCCUUCUUCCCUUUGGCGAAUUUCUUUCCUCCUCCCGGCCGUUUGGAUCACCCCUCGGUGGCGUCAUCCUGCAUUACAUCCCCUCUGUCAUUGUCAUCGCCAUCCCAUUCAAGAACAUUUACUCCUUCAUUCUCGAAGUAGAGGGCUACCCCGGACAGUUCUUUACCUUCUUCAUUUCCCUCGGCCUCAUCCGACUGCGGUGGACCCGCCCGGACCUGCACCGCCCCUACAAGGCCUUCAUACUGGCUGCUUGGUUUGGCUUGUUUUUGUCCACCUCCUUGAUUCUCGCACCUUUCAUUCCGCUGGACAAUGAGGACUGGGGGUCGCAUCUGGCAAGGGUCAGCUAUGCGCUGGUGGGCAUUUCCGUGCUUUUGUUUGGCGUGUUGUACUGGGCAGUAUUGACCAUCUUUUUGCCUCGGUGGGGCGGGUACCGGCUCGAUGAAGUGACUGAUGUUUUGGAGGAUGGGACAACCAUUACCAAGCUGGUGCAUAUUCCGAAGGAUAGAUGA